AUGGCAAAGGGAAAAGGAGGAAAGAGCCUCGGUUUCCGCGCCAUCGUUAAUAAGGAACUGGUUAGCCGCUGCAGCGAUGGUGCAAGAGUGGUAAGCAGCGACGGUGCAAGAGUGGUAAGCAGCGAUGGUGCAAGAGUGGUAAGAGGAAAAAAGAAGAAGCAAGGUGGUGAUUCACCAUCAGCGCUCAUCCAAUCAAUCUCACUAGCAGUGUUUUGGAUAUGGAAGAUGAUCAUGCUGCUUCUUCAUGGCUCCAAGGCCCAGGAAAAAAAUUCGAAAUCCAAGAGGGGUAAAUCUAGAAAGAAGAGUAGGUAG